CAGCAUGGAAAGAGCUCUAUAGAGCUCACGCUGGCUGCUAGCCUGCUGCUACCCAACCCGACCACUCCAGCCACCCAAACACGGGAUAAACGGUAUCCCGGACGGGAACACCAUGGCAACUCUAUCCCAAUCCUCUUAGCCAGUUCCCAAAAUGAUGUUUGCGGAGGGGAAGGGGGACCACACGCAGCGAUUCUUCCGACAGGGCUCGACAUAUGACGUCACAGAGAGGCUAUCUUCUUUGCCACACGAAACCGCAGUUUCUGCACAUGCGCUGUAUUCACAACGACUCUUGCCCGACAGCCGUAUGACUGUAGCGCAUGCGUCGUUACACCAGCGAGCCCAAGUGGUUCCUGCCCUGACCGCGUCGGUUCUUUGCAGUGGAGGUGAGAUGAGUAGCGGGACGCCUGUGAUCCUGAGCCCUAGUAAAAGUGCGGAGUCGUCUCUUUCUGGUGGCAGUAGCAAAAAGCGGGAUUCGCUAGGGUCAGCGCCGCCUCAUCCUAUUUUAAAGGAUGUUGGAGAAAUAUAUUCCCGGCUCUUGGAUCACAAACCAGUUAUACAAGGAGAAAUUCGUUACUUCAUUAAAGAAUUUGAAGAAAAACGGGGCUUCCGAGAAAUCCGAGUUCUUGAAAAUCUAAAGAACACAGUUUCUGAGGCAAAUGACCAAACUCUACCUAAGUGUGAACAAGUAAUGUGUGACAAUCUAAAUGAAGCACUCAGGAAAUUACAGAUAGCCAAUGAGAUGAUCAACAGACUCCAGCAGAUUGAGCAGGAAGAAAGACAGCUUCAGACUGAGAAGCUAAUGGCUGGCGAAACAAAGCGUAUAGCACUGUGGGAGGAAUUCAUGAAGGAACAGCACAACAUGAGAGCAGUUGUGGAUGAAGAGCAUACAAAAGCUAUGGAACGCCUUAAAGAACAAUAUGCUACAAUGGAGAAAGGUCUGGCCAAACACACUUUCUAAGAACUCUUGGUUACAAUGAGACUGUUCCUCAUCUGCAGUAUUAUUUCUCAUCUUGGUCCAGCAUCUUCCAGUUUCAAGGUUGCCAACACUCUCAACAGAGUUCAAAAAACAGUAGUAGCAAAAAGGUCUUUUUUAAAAUCUCAGUAACAACUGGGAUUGGUUUGUGAAAUCUUUUUGUUGGUCUGCAGCACUGAAUAAUAUUCAGUAUUAUUAUUAUUGCUGCUGCUGUGUAACUUCAGGCUUUUGCAGGAGCAGAAGAAACAGUAUUCUGCCUGAACAAACUAGAUUAUUUCCACUGUAUCUGCCUAGAAUUGCCCAUCUUGUACAUAUCUUGUUUUUCAUGCAGCCAUGUUGCUCUGUUCCAAACAGCAGAAACUAUUGGAGACUCCCAUAUUUUGACUAGGGCAGGAGCAUAACCAUUUGCACAUUAGGACAUGUUGUGAUGCUCUUUCUUUUGGAAUAAGACCAUUGUAAAAAUCCCCCCAAAGGCACAAAGCUGUGGGAAUGACAAUAGUCUGUGAUUUAUCUGUGAAAUCGUUAUGCUGGCAAGAUCACCACAAAGACAGCUGAAAAGACCGUUGGAAGAAGUGGUUUUUCUGUCCAGCUUUUCUUCUGUAUUCUCUGCUCCAUUUAAUCAAAGCAAUUUAACAAAGUAUUAGUUCUGUUAUUUUAUCCACUAUGUAUUUAUUCUGCUGGUGGUUCUAUGGGUAGUAAAAGAAAUACAUACCUGGUUGGGCUUUCUUACCUGAAGUCUGAGGCAGAAACAGUAAGUAACAAGGCUAUCCGCAUGACUGGGAGGCGGGGUGGGUGGCGGGAAGGCUGCGCAUAACCUACCUUUCCCCCAGAUGAUCCAAGUAAAGCUGCUGGGAGCUUGGACUACACUCCCAGAUGAUCCACACUGCUGCACGCAGUGCCGAUCUCAAGAAGCCGGGGCAAUACGUCCCAGCCUCCACAUACAAUGCACCGAGAGUGGUGAUUUGGUAGAUACCCCCAUGAGAUGAGUGCUCUAAGCAAAAAAAACACACCACACACACAACCCUGGUGAACUCGCACCCUUAACCUCAGUAAAAAGCUGGGUGGUGUGGGUGGGCAGCACCAGAAUCUGCAAUGAUCCCAGCGCUGCAUGCAAGCAGCCUAACCCAGGCUGGGCGGUCCUCACCCGAGUUAGGCUGCUCAUGAGAACAGGCUUGACAUAAUUGCCAAUGACUGCUAUCUUUUGUGAACACUACAGAUGAGCAACUCUUGUCUGAAGUGAAGACUUUUGCAUUUAAUGUUCUCAUUAUGGAAAGAAAGCUUCUUGAUUAGUCCUUUGUAACCCAUCUCUAAAGAAAUGCGUUAAUAACAGGAAUGAGAGCUGAGGUGAACUAAGUGAGGGACCGGAUAAAUCAUUUUGCUGGCUAGGCUGUAUGUAAAAUAGCAACGUACAAAACAGAAUUACUCAUUAUCUGUGUUGCAACUGCAGUAGGCCAGCAAUGGGUUGUCUGUGUGAAUGUAUGGCUUAGUGUCAAGACUCCAUCCUGGCAGCCUGUUGAUAAUGUGAUUAAAGCGAGCAGAGGAGAUGGAAUAAGUAUUUGUGAUUUCUUUCAAUAACACUGAACUUCUGCCAAGCUGCUCUAUCCACUUCCGUAGGAGCUGACAGCUUCAUCAAUCAUCAUCAGGUACCUGGACUGAAAGAGUACUUGCCAACACUAAGGCAUGCUGGAAUGUUGUUAAUUCUCUUGUGGGAUUUCUUUUUUUUUAGGUGACUUUAAAAUAUUUCUCACAUGGAAGCAGGGGAUCAACUAACAAAAUCUCUGUACAAUGCAAAGUGGUUUUUCAAAUGUCUAUGUGAACCCAUGUUUGUGUGCAGUAAAUUAAGAGUAUGCAUAGUUUAUUACAAAGAUUGCCAAGAGGCAGCUUUCAGUUUAACACUUCCAUGUGUGUUGGUCUUCAAAGCAAAUAAAACUUUCUAAUAACAAUAUCAUUUUAACUCUAAAAUUGAACUUGAUUUUCAUACAUUCAAGUGAAGUGAGAACCCUAAGGCCACCCCUUUCCAUGGGCAACUACAGUAGCCCCAAAAGAGGGGCGUGAGGAGAUGCAUAGGAGUCGCCUAGCUCUCUAUUCAGCAACAGCAGCUAUGCUUCUCAGAAGGUGGAGCUGCACCGAGGGAGGCCGAGUAAAGCCUGGUGCCUGUACCACCUCAAGAGACCUGCUGGAGCAACCCACUUCAGGUUUGCCCCCUCCAUAAGGAUUUUUGUGGGUUAGUUCAAAACAGUGUUUAAAAUGCCGUCUACUCUCCAUCUUAGGGGUUUCAGGUUGAAACCUUGGAGGGUUCCUAGAGUUUUAAGAGUUGCACAGAAGAGUGAAUUUCAACAGAUGUCGCUUUUCCCAUCAAAGUCCUCUAGUGAUACCACUAGAGCAGGCCUGCUCAACUUAGGCCCCCCAUCUGUUUUUGGACUACAACUCCCAUAAGCCCCAGUCACAGGGGCCAAUAGCCAGGGAUUAUGGGAGUUGUAGGCCAACAUCUGCAGGAGGGCCGAAGUUGAGCAGGCCUGCACUAGAGGUACACUUUUUAGUGUACCUAGGUACGCACUAGAGGUGGCUCAUUUAUGCAGCUCUUAAAAAUGCUGAAGUCCUAUGUCCCCUUGCCAGUCUGCUUCAAUCUUUAGCUCUCAAAGUGUACUUUUCUGCCCACUUGAUGCCUGCCAACAGCUCACAGCCCCUUCUGUGCCUGAUGCUAUGCAUUUCCCUAGUUCUACUUCCUUCUUGACCUCUUUUUCCCCCUUCUGCUUUAUGCCUCCACUACUUGUUACUUCCUGCUUUUUAUUUCAGUCCACUGUCUACUGUGUCCUGCUUCCUUUGGCCACUGUGCCAGCCUGCUUCCUUGCCUGCCUUAGUAUUCUUAGCAGUCAUGGGGUAAGGGGACAGGUUCGUAUGUGGAUUGGCAUCUGGUUGCAGGACAGGAAACAGAGGGCAGGAAUAAAUGGACAGUUCUCUAAAUGGAGGGGAAGUAAGAAGUGGGGUACCCUAGGGAUCUGUACUGGGACAAGUGCUCCUCAAUGUAUUCAUAAAUGAUCUAGAAGUUGAGGUAAACAGUGAGGAGGCCAAAUUUGCAGAGGACACCAAACUGUUUAGGGUAGUGAAAUUAAAAAAAGAUUGCAAGGAGCUCCAGAAGGAUCUCUACAAACUGGGGGAGUGGGCAACAAAAUGGCAAAUGCAGUUCAGUGUUAGCAAGUGUAAAGUGAUGCAUAUUGGGGCAAAAACAAACAAGCCUCAACUUCACAUAUACACUGAUGGGAUCUGAGCUUGUCAGUGACUGACUGACCAGGAGGGGAAUCUUGGGGUUGUGGUGGACAGCUCGUUGAAAAGUGUUGACUCAGUGUGUGGCAGCUGUGAAAAAGUCCAGCUGCAUGCUUGAAAUCAUUAGGAAGGGUGUGAAAAUGGAACUGCUAAUAUACAGAACUAUGCCCUUAUACAAAACUGUUGUGCAGCCACAUUUGGAGUACUGCGUACAGUUCUGGUCACCAUAUCUUAAGAAGGAUAUUGUAGAACUGGAAAAGGUGCAGAAAUGGGCAACCAAGAUGAUCAGGGGCCUAGAGCACCUUCCUUAUGAGCACCUUCCUACAGCUAGGGCUUUUUAGUUUGGAAAAACGAUGACAGAGGGGAGAUAUGAGAGAGAGAGAUAUAAAAUCAUGCAUGGUGUGGAGAAAGUUGUUAGAGGGAAUUUUUUUCUCCCUCUCGCAUAACAGUAGAACCAGGGGCCAUCCCAAGAGACUGAUUGCCAAGAAAUUUAGGACUGACAAAAGGAAGUACUUCUUCACACAAUGCAGAAUUAACCUAUGGAAUUCUCUGCCACAAGAUGUGGUGGCAGCCAACAGCCUGGAUGCUUUAAGCAGGGUUUGCCCUCUUUCUUGCUGUUGUUCCUUUGCAACUGAUAUUUAGAGGCAUCUUGCCUCUGAGCCACCAGACUAGUAGCCAUUGACAGACCACCAGACUAGUAGCCAGGAGAGAGGGCAUGCCCUCAGCUCUUGCCUGUAGGCUUCCCAGAGGCAUCUAGUGGGCCCCUGUGUGAAACAGGAUGCUUUACUAGAUAGGACUUGGGCCUGCUAUAGCAGGUCUGUACUUAAGUUCUUAUUCUUGUCCUUCCAGCCAGCAAUAUAGACUUGCUGCUGUCCUUUAUUCUUGUGGUGUUGUUCAGCUGUUUUUCCUUCUCCUUUUUUAUUUUUACCUUGUUUUUCUGUUGUCUUUAUCCCUUUGCCUAGCCAAAGCAGUCUUCAACUGCACAUAAGCUGGCCUGCUUGCAAACAUUUUCUUGUUUAUUGUUGACAGUUCAUUCCCUUAGUAGUUAGAAUGUCUGUGGACAUUCCAUGACAUCACAGUAACUCAGCAAACCAGUGCCAGGGGGCUUCAUCAACUUCUGCAAGUUCUCAUAGAACAUUACAGUAUUUAUUUCCAGACUGGUACUCCUUAAUAGCCACCUAAUGGCUCAGCAGGGAAGUAACUUGGCUAGGGAGCAAUAAGUUGCUGGUUCGAAUCCCCAUUGGUAUGGGAAACACCUAUAUCGGGCAGCAGCAAUAUAGGAAGAUGCUGAAAGGCAUAAUCUCAUACUGCACAGGAGAUGGCAAUAAUAAACCCCUCCUGUAUUCUGCCAAAAACAUCCACAGGGCUCUGUGGUCGCCAGGAGUCAACACCAACUCGACAGCACAACCUUACGUUUACUCUUUAUUACUGAUUGCUGCUAAUACAGCCGCUGUCAGUAUAUGGUAGUAGACCCAAGGGGCUUAGAAAAUUCAAAUGAGUAAAAAUUAAUGGAAUGUCAAUGCCUGGUGGAAUUUUCAGAGAAGCAUUAGAGAUUGGCUUCUCAUUCCCAACACAGGCAUUUUUAACCCAGUUAUCUCAGUGUAAGUUUCAAGUAUUUUUAAUAUUGCACCUUUAAGCACACACAAUUUGAUUUUUAAAGGACAUGUAUGCUAGAGGUAGGAAACACUAAUAUUUACAAGCCAUAUAUAAUCCACAGGCCUCAUCUUGCCUCUUUCAGCUUUAGGCAUAAAGUGGAAUAAAUCCUAAAUGAUCAUUUUGUUGGUAUGUAUUUUUAAUAUAUCUUCAGUGAAAGAGUUUGUGUAGCAUAUUGAUAGUGUUAGAAUUAAUCUCUGCUCCACUAUAGACUCAUUGAUUGUCUUUAAGCACAUUUCUCUCAUUCUGUUUCCUGUCUGAAAAUAACCAUGAUAUGCCUGCCUACCUCACAGGAUUGUUGUGAGGCAAACAAGAUCCAUUUUAAAAAUGUGUUUUCUACUGCUGUAACUGGUUGACAUCCAGAUUAGCACUGCCCUGGUGCAACUAUGGCUGAUAUCCAGACUAACUUUGCAGUGGCUCUACGGGUAGGGGGUGAUUUUUGCCAAUCUCCCCUUUCCUUUGAAGCUCAUGGUACUUCCUGAAAAUAUGUCCUUGAAGUCUGCACCAUCCUCAGUGACAUAGUUUCUGAAGGUUUACAAUCUAUAGUAGGCUUCCAAGGAAAUGGGGAUUGGUAAAAACCACCCCUCCCCUGUAGUGCCACUGUAACAUUAGCCUUGAUGUCAGCUACAGCUGCACCAGCACAGCUAGUCUGGAUGUCAGCCACUGAGUUUUAUAUACAUAGUUUCUACUAUUCUCAAGGAUUUUUUAAAAAGAGGAUGAUAAGCAAAUGCUUUGUUUUAAAAUUUUAAAAGAGCUGCUGUGCACAUCAAAUCUUUGAUAAACAUGUACAGAUAUGUAAAUAUAUAUUAGAAAUUCAUGUAUAUAUAUCAUCUGUUCUUAUCUGUGUUGGAAAAAAUUGGUAUACUACAAAUGGAAAGCAGUUUGUGAAUUGUAUGAUGGCUACAAAGAGAUCAUAAAUAUGUAUAACUUCAA